UUCAUCUCCUGGAUUUCACAGGCCAAAUGAUCGAUUGCCUGUUACGUUUUCUGGUAACGCAUUAACAUUUAAGAAACCUGUGCAAGUCCUGUCUUCUGAAUGUCCGUUGAACUGCCCGACAGGAGGGGGCUGUACUUGGCUCCCCAGCAUUGACAAGCCUAGCACGGGGAUGUGCUCCGAAAUCCGAAAAGUAGUGCAGAGUUUAGAACAAACAGCCCGGGAGAUUUUAACUCUACUGCAAGGGGUCCAUCAAGGUGCUGGGUUUCAGGACAUUCCAAAGAGGUGUUUGAAAGCUCGAGAACAUUUUGGUACUGUGAAAACACAUCUAAUGUCUUUGAAGACCAAGUUCCCUGCUGAACAGUAUUACAGAUUUCAUGAGCACUGGAGGUUUGUGUUACAGCGGCUGGUCUUCCUGGCGGCCUUUGUUGUGUACUUGGAAUCAGAAACACUAGUGACCCGAGAAGCAGUCACAGAAAUUCUUGGCAUUGAGCCAGAUCGGGAGAAAGGAUUUCAUCUGGAUGUAGAAGAUUAUCUCUCAGGAGUUCUAAUUCUUGCUAGUGAACUGUCGAGGCUGUCUGUCAACAGUGUGACUGCUGGAGACUACUCCCGGCCCCUUCACAUCUCCACCUUCAUCAAUGAGCUGGAUUCCGGGUUCCGCCUCCUCAACCUGAAAAACGACUCCCUGAGGAAGCGCUAUGAUGGCUUGAAGUACGACGUGAAGAAAGUGGAGGAGGUGGUCUAUGAUCUCUCCAUCCGAGGCUUCAAUAAGGAGACAGCAGCAGCUUGUGUGGAGAAAUAGGAGACUCUCCCCGGGCCUGGCCUUGCUGGCCUCAGUGGUUGCCAGCGAGGGUGAGCGCAGGGCCGCUCACUGUAGUUACGGUGCCCUGUUGCUAAGCACCGCGAUUUAUUUUCUUAGCCAGUCGUGUGGUAUGUGUGUCAGAAUCGGAACACUUCUUUGGGGGUUAAAGAUUAGCCUUUACAAGGACAGGGUUUUUGUUGUUGUUGUUUUAGUGAAUUUGCUCUGUAAUUCAGUUCUGUCAAAAGUGCAAAUGUCAGUCUCUUGGUAAAGUUUAUUUCCUGCUUACCCUGAUGCUGUUGAUGUCCUGAUUGAGAAGUUUAUUGUCUUGUGAUCCUCGGUAUUUUCUAUAUCCAAAGUAACCCCCAUACACAGGUAUGCAAACAGGUCAUUAAAAAGGAUGAUUGCUAACCAAAGGACACUUAUUUUAUAUUUCCCUCUCUUUUUUUAAGCCAGGUGAGUAAAUCAGGUGUUGACAUUUUUUUACAAGGGAGUAAUAGCUCCAGGGUUCCCUCACUGCCAUCAAAUCAUAGAAUUAAACUGCAAAGUCAAGUUCAACAGAUACGUCUGGGAAGUUUUUGUAUUAAAGAAUUGAGUAACA